AAAAAAAAAGUGUUCGACCAUAUUGUUUUCGGGAGCGAAACUUAAAAAUACAAAAAUAAAAAGAAUUCGCGAUUUUGGAAACGACGAAAAAGUGACUUUAAGUGCCGUAGAAUGUGAAAAAGGAGCGAAAUUUCAAAAGAGAAAUUUUUUGUGCGAAAGUUUUGUGAAAAAAAACAAAAGUUUUUUUGUGUUUUUGGAUUAUUUUUCAUCAUUUCCGCUUCAAAAAAAGAAUUUUUCGUAAAUUAAACGAUGGAAGACUUAUUGUUGACCAUUAUUCAAGACGCAAAUAGUGCGCGAUUAACGAGCCUUAAAGACACCACACAAGUAGCAUAUGAUAAACUAAUAAAUCAACAAUUUCACCGAGACCCGUCCUAUGACCUGAGACAAACAUGUUUCAUGGCAUUUAAGUUAGCACUGGAUAGUAGAAAACAAAAAAUUAUUUCACAUGCGAUCAAUGGAGUUCAUCGAAUGAUGCGUGACGAUCGUUUUUUCCUGACUCCUGAACCAGAAGACGACUCAACAUGGUUCCCCGCGCAAUUACUUGUCAUGACAUCAGACAUGCCAAUAACGGGAAAUGAGGAAAAUGUUGUCAACAUGCUACGUCUCUUCUUGGCGAUGGCAUGUACGCCCGCUUGCACCCUCAAUGGAAGGCUUUUGAUUGAUAUUUUGCAGCGAUGCGGAGAAUGUUGGGAAAAAGGAGUUCGUUCAGUAAAAGCAGCUUCUCUGGCAUCCGCGAGUCAAUGUCUUCGGGCAUUUUGUAAUUUCCUCAAGGAAGAGUCUGAUGAAUUGGCGAAAACUGCUCCGAUGGGCACAAGUACCAUGGGCAAGGGAUAUCGAGCGGCAGUUUAUAACGAGGUCAUUCCUCUGAUGCAAUAUCUGACGAGUAGAUGUAACGAAAUUAACACCGGAAGUCCAACGAAAUCUGAAACUCCAUCUUUUCAAUUUUUGUUGGAAUGUAUUUUGACGUUGACGGCAUCGAUUCCGAAGGAAUCUCAAUACAAUCCGCACUUUACGGCAUUUUUGUGGCAGAAAUUUUGUCCUAAUUUGGCAGCGGUGCUUGGGUUUCCAAGUAGAAUCAAUCUGGAUAAGAAAAUUACUUACAAGGAAGCAAUUCACAUCAUUGAGAGCGAAAAUCGCGGAUUUUACAUCCAAAAAAAUGUCACCGAAUCCAACAGUCGUUGCAUUUAUUUAACAGCAAUCGAACUGCUCCGCAUCGCAGGUUUCCAAGCAUCCCUUCGACCCAUGCUGGAAGCAUUAUUUCACCGAAUGCUCCUCCUACCGCCGACGCAACAUCGUUACGAACCCCUCAAAUACGUGCGCGAAAUCUUCAAAAAUCCCGAACGCGUCGUCGACAUGAGUGUCCUAAUCCCCAACGAAAAAACCCCCUCCGCUGUCUUCAUUGGCAGCGACGACAUGGCUCUCUUCCGCCUCAUCAUGGAUGCCAUGCAAGAAUGUGCCGUUGCCGCUAAAAACGACGUCAGCAAAGCUCAUGUCUUGGAAGCGAGUGUCGAAUGUCUCGUCGCGCUCUUGUCAAGUUUGCAAAAAUUGACUUCCGAGUCGGGGGAUUCGUUCAAAAUCGAAGAUGAGGUUGUGAAAGCUGUCAAUGCGAGAUAUGUGACGAUCAAACAAGCCGACUACAAAGGUCCUUUAACGUACCAAAUGGCAAUCCGCUUGCCAAAAGUCUACCGAGAGCAAGUAGCUGAGUUGCGAAAAGGUAAUUUAGAAGCAAAUUCCGACAGUGACGACGCGGAAAAUGUCGAUCCGGAUGCAGUUUCGAUCAAUUCGGGCGACACUGAAGGUCCGGAGGAAGAUUUGCGAUACAGCGGCAGCGAUAACGAGUCAGGAACGCAUGAAAGAUGGGCUUUUGGUGCUUCUGAUGUGUGGCCCGAUGGCGAUUACGAUAGACAUCAUGCGCGAGAUUUCGCUAAAAUCAUCACAGACGAUCUCGUACCGAAAUUGGCGCAGCUGAAGAACACCGUGGAAAUCGACGAGUACAUGCAGGACUUUGCUUCGAACAUUUGUCAACAAAAUACAAGCAACUUUUCCGAUUUCGACUACAAUUUGACAGCAAUCAAUGCGGAUGGCAUCUAUUUGGCGACAUUUUCCGCCAUUUUACUGGGUUUGCAACUCAUGGAAGCGGGACAUUACGAAAAUCCAGAUAAAGGCAUCCAAAUCCCGUUGACGGAACAACAAUUCGUUCAAUCUGUGCAAAAUAGCGGGAUUCUCGUAUGUCUCUCGUGCUCAUGGCUUCGGGAGUUGUAUCAAUGUGUCUUAUCCACAAAUCCCCUGCAGCACUUAAAAACGCAAGAAAUGACGUCAUGUGCCUUGAUUGACAUCCUAUACGACACGGGAGGCCUGGGAUCCGAACAAAUGAUGAGAAAUUGGCAAAAAUUGCAAUGCGUAACGCGCGUAAAACCCGUCGACACGGAACAACAAAACGCCGGAAAGAAGCUUGCACGUCGUUUAUUGACCUGUUGUUGGGAUUCGAUGCUUGAAAUUCUCACAACGGGCCUCAGUGUUGUCAAAGAAUCACGUAGCGGGCGUCUCAUGAAGCUUUCGAAGAAGUCCUUGACACAGGAAAAGGCUCCGCUUGUCAAUAAAAAAGCACUUUACAUCUCCAGUCUCGAUGGAUUACAUGCGGCGGCGACUCUAACGAACGCCCUGAACCUCCAACAUCUGUCCGGAAAAAUUUUACAUCUGAUCGCAACCAAUGCGUGUCAAAAUGUCGGUCCUAAAAUACCCGUGAGUCAAGCUCUAUCAAUGAAUGUCGUUCUAACAGGCGCUCUUGAACUAGGAGCUCAAAACCCAGAAUGUUGGCUUCCUGUUUUCACCAUUUGUCGGCACAUUACGAAGCUGGAACAUGCGUUAUUUAGUUCGCAAACUAAUGCGAAUCACGUAGGUGGCGUCACAGGUCGCAAGGGAGAUGCAAAAGACACGAAAGAUAACAAAGACGAGGAUUUAAAGCUGAAAUAUUCGACUUACAGUACCGAUGACGAUGAAACAGCGGUCGAUGUUUACAGUUUUCUUCAAGCUCCAAUGUCAAAUCCCAACACCGAUGUCGAAUCCAUCCUAAAAUCGUAUCAGGAAAGCACUGAAAUCCUCACAUUGACCGAACAAGACACCGCAAAAAUCCUCUGUGCCCUUUCUCUUCAAGCGGAUAGUCUUUUUACGGAAGCAGCGGACAAGUUGAGCCUUCCGUCGUUAUGUCAGUUCCUCAAAAAUCUCUGUCGGGCAUCACGGGAUCAGUUAAAUGGCAAUUUAAUCACGAACAAAAAGGACAAAGACAGUAAAACCUCAUGGUGGGACUUUACAAAUUGGAAACAAAAAGUCGACAAAGCUCCGCCUUCGCUAUUGUUACAUCGCAUUGGUGACGUCACACUCCGAGUUUUCCGAGGGACACGCCCCCUUUUGCACAUUUUAAAGAUUUGGGCGAUUACGGGCCCCUAUCUCAUGGAUGCCGCGUGCCACAAAGAUCGCACGAUCAGCAAAAAAGCCAUUGAAAACAUUCAUGAUGUCAUUGUGGCAGUUCUUGUUGAACAAACGGAGCUGCCGUAUUUCCACUUUAACGAAGCGCUGAUGAAACCCUUUGAGAAUCUCAUGACGAUGGAACAGUGCGACAUUGAUGUUGUCGAUCAGAUAAUCGCGUGUUUAAUGUCGCUCGUGGAAACGUAUCGCGUCGAAAUUCAAUCCGCGUGGCGACCGUUGUUCGGAACUCUUCGUGCUGCGAGAAAUCGACCCGUUCACUUGCCAAAUAUUUUGGAUAUUUUUCGGGUUUUUCUCGAUUGGGACAAUACCAUGGUGUUCGCAUAUGCCGGACUUGACUUCAUAAUUUGUUUGUUGUCUUAUUUGGAAGUUUCGAGUGGCAAUGGAGAUGUUGACGAAGCGGUAAAGAACAAAAAUUUGGAUUUUUUGCAUGAAGUACUGAAACAUCUUGAACGGUGCACUCUUAUCCUCGAAUAUAUGUUCAAUAUGCCGAAAUGCCCGAACCUGCUGACAAGUUUCAAGUUGAACGGCAUCAAUUAUACGCAUCUCGUGGAUUCCGUGAUUCUUGGAGCCAUCGAUAAAUUUUACUAUUUCGGCAAUCGAUACUUUGAGGACUACGAAGAUCAGUACAUGGUCAGCUACAAAGCGUUAAAUGUCACAGACGAAGAGUUGCGGAACAUAAAUGAACUCGAUAAAGCAAGUGGCGUCUUGAAAGUUUGGUUUUUGCUGUUAGACGGACUUACGAAUUCGUUAAUUGUGUGUCCCGUGGCGCAUCAAUGCAUGAUUUUACAGACAAUUUUCAAGCUGUUUAAGCAAUUAAAGCAAAGCCCGGGCCUGGAAUUCGGUUUUUACAGCCUAAAUCACCUGCUGAUACCAACGAUUCAGGAUUGGGUGCGGUACACGAACAAGCACAAGAAGCCAUGGGCACCAAUUGAAAAGAAUUUCAAGCAUUGUUGUGGUAUGACUACAGAUCUUGUGGUUGAAUUCAUCGAAUGUAGCAUCGAUAUUCAGGUUUAUAAUCGCAGUAUGAUGCGAAAUAAUGGCGCAGAUGAUCAAGAAAUCACAUAUCGUGCAGGCAGGGCGAGAUAUUCAAAAUCUGCGGUUCUGGCGUUGAAACAACUUUUAUUGGUGCUCGUGGAAUGUGCGUCGCAAUCGCAGGAAACAGUAGCACGUGUUGGGGUUUCUUGCAUGAAACACAUUAUUUUCUCCAUAGGACACAAUUUCGAGGAGGAGGAAUGGAAUAUUGUGACUUCAGCGAUUCAUCGAGCCAUUACUGUCUCAUCAGCGCCGGCAAAGCAACUUCUCCUUGCCUUCAAGAGGAAAUCCGACAGUUUUUACGGCGAUAAUGCGACUGUUAAGGUUGUCGCCCGAAACGAUACCACGUUUGAUGAGAUUUUACGCCUGAAAUCGCUCACAGAUCAAGUUUUCCUGCUCGAUGGGCAACGCGAGUCCUCCACAAAGAAGGAAAUUUCCAUUUUAGACGAUCGCAGUUAUGCUUUUCUGUUAUUUUCGAAUGCGGAUGGCGAUCCUGACAACUUGGAAAGUUACAAAGUUCGUAUCGCGUAUCGCAGUAUUGUGGUUGGCUUGUUGGCGAAUCAGAUGUUGCUGCAGCUUAUUGCCAAUAUUUUAUUGGGGGACUUGAAAAAUGCGCCGCUCGAGUUGCACAACGUCAUUUACGAUCAUUACCUGAGUCGGGAAAAGGUCAAAUUCGAGGUUGAUGUCAAAUCACGUGAAAUUUUGCUGCGAUGCUUGCGACAAUAUUUGACAGUUAGUUUGGAAUUCGAUUCGAGGCCUGGCUUGAAAUUUCUGUUGCAAAAAAUCGCGAAUGUUGAUCAUGCUCCGAACUUGUACAAGCAACUGACGUCGUCGUUUAUCAUUUAUUUUAUGACAUUGGUCGACGCGUAUCUGAACGACAUCAAAAUGUACAGUUUGUCGUUGGAGGAUGUGCGUUACGUGCUCGACACGUGCUCCAACAAGAAUUCUAACGUAGUGAAGAAGAAAGAGUAUUUUGUGAAAUAUCUAUUUUUGCUAAAAGAUGUAUGGCAUGACAUAUGCAAGCUCUAUUUAGGCUUAGUGAAGAGUAGUGCGGGCAUUCCCAGCAAUUAUCAAAACGAGAACAGUGACAUUGUGCAUGUCAGUUUGAAGGCAGAUGCGAAUCAUUCGACGUCGUCACUUCCGACGACAGCCAGCUCCUGCGACGACGCCAUCUUUUCCUCGAGCUCCGACAAUAAUCAGUCGUCGUCGAGCAAUCAGCCGUCGCCGCGACAUGACGACGUCGAUGACACCUCGGAUUAUCAGUCGAAACGUGGCACGCCCGAUAAGCAAGCGAUCCCGCCGGAAAUUGAGCAACAACGACAAACGAGCAUGUUUAAGGAUGCCACGUACAAACGAACAGUAUUAGCGCAACUUAUUAAGGCUUCCAUGGAAUUGCUGAGAUUCCUGCCCGAAACUUCGACUGAUAAUCUGAAACUUUUGCUCACGCCUGCCAUUAAGGAGGCUUUUCUUCUCGUUGAAGCGCAGAAUUUAUAAGAAAAUUGCUUAAAACGCUCGAAAUUUCGUUAAAUGUCGACAAAAUUUCAAAUCUCGCAUAAUUGCCCGCCUCCUUGCAAACUUAAAACUUAUAUAAACGUAAAACUUAUUGAAAAAUUG